AUGCACGAAGGGAGCAUGAAAAGGCACAGUACGAUACGGUACUAUUGUACACUUGAGACGAAUGUACGGCAUGUGUCGUGCAUCGGGCGAUCAGAGGAGAAGGCGGGAGGUGCAAGGUUGGGAACAAAGUCGGAUGCCCGAAGAGAAACGGGGGAAAAGUACCCUUGGGUAACAAUCAAACCCGUACGGACGAGGAGCCCCUUCCCCGAAGAUGAGGUUAGAGCAUCUCCAUCGCGCAGCCUGAAUGUUGUUAUUUCGGGGACACGUGUCCCAAUCCUAAUUGGUUUUUAUGUUUGGGCACCCUGUACUAGGCGGAGGGAGCAGCUAGCGGCAUCCCUCGAAUACUGUAUACCUAUUCUCUGCGUAGAAACAUACCCCUUCUGCAGAUGUUGCACAGCUGCUGCCACGUUGUACAAGACCCCAAAAAUAUUGUAA